UACAUGUAUAUAAUGAAAUAGUAACGCAAUGUCAAUAACAAACCCUAAGAUUUGUUAGUAUAUCAAAACUGCGCUGAGUUUACGAUCAACUAUAUUGUUUGGUAUUCUCACCUAAACAAUUGUUAUCCGAAUUUAGUACUAUCCGUAUCCAUUGCCCAAAUGAAAUCUCGCGAGAUUGCGCUUCCGAAAUUUGAACGGAAGGCGCGGAAGUAAACAAAAAUAUUGCUGAAGAUGUAUAGAAAACGCUCAUCGUAUGGAAUAAACGACGCUGUGGACUUUUUGGUCAAAGCCACAUCACGUAAGCCAUACAAGGGGAAAGGCAAUGAAGAGUUGACAUCCGCUCUGGAAUUGAUAGAGCUCACAGCACAAAACACCGGCUUGUCUCCAGAACAUAUUGACAGAUUGAUCGAUGUUGCAGCAAAAGGGAUUCAAGUGGAAACUGUAUGUAAACGACUUAUCAAGGCUCUUGUGCCAGCCAGUGUUGUGCCUGGUAGUGCUGCAGUGAAAUGCAUAUCUUGGCUUUGUACGCGCAAGCCAUCCAUCAAUAUACAGUGCCUGUUACUUCGUUGGAUUCUCGUCGUCUAUGAUUGUAUCGACAAGAAAGAUGGCUUACACUCUCUGUAUGGUGUCAUCUUCCAUUUCCUGCACUACAGGAUCUUGAUGCCUUAUGUAUGCCAUCUUCUGUACCUGCUAACAAGGAAGGAAGACGUAAGGCUUUACAGAGUGCGCUAUCUGCUGCAGUUUCAGAAAGACAUGGGUACUCAGCCGUUCUUGACCGGACUGUUGUCAGUCUACAGACACUACUACCCCAAUCUUGUGCAUGUUGUCAACACUCGAUCAUACAAGUCGUUUUUCCCGACGUACGACCGCAAGUGGAAGGAGGAAGUGCGGCAGAUCCAGGAGAAAACGCCGCACCAGAAUGUGGACUCUGACUGGCAGAAGACUCUGGAGGAGAGACUGCAACCGGGCACCUCCACUGUAGAUCUCGUGCCGUCUCGUAAACGACGGAAGAUAGACCCCAUUCCUAUCAUCAACUCACUGGCCACAAGGUCUAACUAUUCCCGAGACCAGCAGGGUCAUAUACUGGGCGUGAAAACAAUACCAUUUAUACUGGUGCGAUGUUUCCAGGACAUAUUAGACAAUAUUGAGUCACUAGAGUUUCCCAGUCAGAUAGGGGCAGUGUUACGGUCUCAGGCUCUGAAGCACAUGAUGUCCUACACGCGGGAUGCAACGGCUGCUACUAGAUUUGAAUUCUGGAUCUCAGAGACUUUACAUGAAGAAAUUAUGCAGCCAAAGACAGAGAAGAAUAAAGAGCGUGUGACCACCCUUCUAUCGUUGCUUAGAGAGUUUGAAGAUUUUAUUCAGGAAGGCAUCCCCACAGUGGACCUGGUGCUAUCUGACUACCUUCAACACUGGAAUGGCCUUGACUACUCUACACAUAUACUGAAGCUUCUAGCGCGAUUCAGGCUGCAUAGAUUUGAGGAACAGAACCUAGCUGUGCUUGAACCAUUACGAAGGCUUUUUUUUUGCUCUUCAGUUUAUUUUAAGUGUAAAGUGGUUGUGUGUUUAACGGAAAUGCUUCGUAACCAGGCGGCCAGGGGUUGGACGGAAAACACCAGUAGACAGAGGCUGUCUAGCAUGGUGCACAUGUUCCACCAAGAAGAGGAAGUCUACUCCAAGCAGGAAGCCCUCACGAAGUACAUCCAGUAUGUGUGUAAGAUGCUGCUGGCUGGUUGUGUGGAGACAAAGUUUCACCCGCUAUACGAGACCUGUGUACUGGACUUCUUGGAACUGGUGAGCAGCCUUCAUGUGAAGUUCAAUCUUCCGUUUGUUGUGUUUGUGGAGACGAGGUUGUUUGAGAGGCUGAUGAUAAGUAGGAAUGCCAAUACUGUGGCCAGGCUGUGUGAGGUCAUAUGUAGAUACAAGGAGAGUUUCAGCUCCAUAAAAAGCAAGAAGUUGAUGGGUCCAGAAGAGCUGCCAAUGAUUCGUAAUUGCAAUCAGAUCAUCAGAGACAUGUGCAACUGUGUUUGGCGCCUGAAAGCUUACACGACGGAUGACAAGCUGUCUGUAUUCUACUGCAACCCUGCGGACAUUGACUCUAAGCUAGAGGACAAGGAAAUGGCGGAGAGCCUGUCUGUGGUCCGACACCCCGCCCUGCUGCCGUUCACAGUGAAGUACUCACAAAAUAUCCUACAGGACUCCUUCCUGGAUCUGAAGGAACUCAAGAACCAUAAGAAGGAGUUGUUAGCACAUCUGUCGGAUCACAACCUGGAUGGACUGCAGCAGUUUGUGGCCACGUUUGUACGCGUGAAGACGUCGACCAGCGGAACACCUCACAGAACUGUGCUCAGUACCCUCUCACAGGGGAACAACUCUGCCUUUGGUUUUUGAGAUAUAUAAUGUGUUCUGGGGAGACUGGUUUUAUUGCAUGUGCGGAAAGUGUUAUACAGUCUAAUAUGGGAUGAAACUUUCCACUUUUAAGAUUUGUAUGCCCAUGGAUCGAAUGAUCAGGGGUAUAUAGUUUUUUGUCUCUCUGUCUGUCUGUCAUUGUAUGUGUGUGUCCCAAAACUUUAACCUUGGUCAUAACUAUUGCAAUACUUGAAGAUAUCUACUUGAUAAUUGGCAUGUAUAGAGCUGCACAUUUUGAGUGGUGAAAGAUCAAGGGCAUCCUUCAAUGUCAAAGGUCAAAUAUAUGGCUUCAAAGCGCAGUAGGGGGAAUUGUGUAUCACAAACACAGCUCUUGUUUUUAUUUUUAUUCAAAGAAGUCGUAUCUGAAAGAAAAUCCAGUCUAGGUCGAGAGUGUGUUGUAUCUGAAAGAAAUUCCAGUCUAGGUCGAGAGUGUGUUGUAUCUGAAAGAAAAUCCAGUCUAGGUCGAGAGUGUUGUCACAGGUUAAUCAGGUGUGACACUUUAUGCCCAUGCAUUAGGCCCAGUUUCGGCAUAACGAGGCUCAGUUUAGAAUAUACACACAAAAGGGAUAGAUCUGCCUUUGGAUUUUGAGGUCUAACGGACAUAUAUAAUAUACCUCUUGUGCACAAGUGUAUUGGAGACCCUGCCCAAAGUUUUUAACCCUUUCCCACUCACUGGCAGUUUGUUCAGGUUUUAUGCUGUUUGCUGCUAUUUAAGGGUUGGAAAUAAAGCCGUUAAAACUUUAAUCUAGUAAGUAACGUCUUUAAUUAAAUUUGAUUUUCUAAUGGACUGCAAACACGUUUAAAUACAUAUCUAAGUGGUAAAGGGUGAAGUGGAUUAUGCCACUGACUGAUGACACAAGUAAACUCUGCCCACUUUCAUUAUAUAAUGCACAUUAAUGGGAAGCAUUCAUCAGUUUUACUGAUAUUCUUGUUAAAUUUGUGCUGUGCUUGACCUCAAAACAAGUAAAACUUUCUUGGUUUGAAUUUGUAUUUAUUUACAAAAUGUAUUGUGGACGUAAUUAUUUAUGAUUUUAUCGACAAUUCUGUAUGAGUCAUGUUCUUUACACAUUUUCCAUACAAGGGUGUUUUUUUUUUCAUUUGUAUAUUGUGCAUAACUGUAAAUCGCUAUUAAUGUAUGCUCGACAUUUUAUGUCAUUUAUUUAUUUUUAUGUUAAAAUUUUUGGUAAGUGGCAAAAUAAAAAGAGUAUAAUGGUUGGUGAGUUUUGAUAACAUGUGCUAUCACACUCUUCGAAUAUGGCGGGUUAAAGGUCUUGCCUUUUGUUAGCUCACCUGAGCGAUAGCUCGGGGUGAGCUAUUGUGAUCACUCACCGUCUGGCGUCCGUCCGUCCAUCCGUCUGUCUGUAAACAAUUUGUAAACAUCUUCUUCUACUAAACCAUUGAGCCAAUUUCAACUAAAUUUCAUGUGGAGCAUCCCUAGGUCAUGGGACAAAAGAAUUGUUAAAAAAAAUUUGAUCACAUAACCAAGAUGGCCGCCAUGACCAUAUAUGGUAAAAACCUUAAAAAAUCUUCUUGUCAGAAACCGCUCAUCAGAUUUUCCAAAAAUUUCACAGGGAUGACCUUUGAAGGCUCCCCUGAAAAAGUUGUUCAAAGAAAUUUGAUUCGUCAAAAAACAUGGCCGCAGGAGCUCGUUGAACUUUGCAUGUUUAUUCGUUUUUGCCUAUUUUGUGAAAACUUUCAAAAAUCUUCCACAUUUUUUGUCCGAUCCUUUCCAAAUUUGCACAGUGUCUUUUUAUCAAUGAGGACACAAACCAUACAAAAAAUGAGCAUUAUUGGUCCAUGAAGUACAGAAUUACCUCCCCUUGAAUUGAGAAAAUGGUGUUUAUGCAAUUAAGUCCAAAUUUUUCAUCCAAUUCUUUCCAAACUUGCACAGUGUCUUCAUAUCAAUGAAAACUCGAGCCCUGUCGAAAAUGAGCAACAUCGGACCAAUUAGUCCAGAAUUAUCUCCUUGAGAUGGCAGAUUUAGAAAUAAUUAUAGUGUACUCUUUUUUCCAAUUAAUAGUGCUAUUAGAGUAAAGGAUUUGCUGGCUACAGGCCAGGUUUCUCUGACACGAUUCUCUUCUGAUGGCUUUGCUGCAGACCACAUAAACCCUUAACCCAGAACAGUUAAUUCUUUCUGCAAAUGUUUGUGACUGUGGAAAUCAUUGAAAUAAAAGGAGAAAUUGCUGAAAUUAGCAUUUUCUCCUUUCAUCACAAUGCUUCCUACCCUAUUAAAUCAGUUUCUUCUUAUUGUAAAUUCAAUAGAGUUUUAGCAAAUUUUUCAUCCCCUACUUUUUAGCUUAAUAUGGUUUUUCAACCCCGGUGUUAAACUCAAUUGGGUUAUUUAGGGAAUGACAUAUAUAAUAUAAUAAAAAUCUACAAAGGUUACUUUAUUAUUUAUACAAAUGGAAUUCAAAAAGGUAUCUGUACAUAACAACAAACAAUUUCUGAAUUUCUGAUCAAAGUUCAUUCAUUUUUGCGUUUAAUAAGACCGAGUUUGUGAAAAUCGUUGCACAAUUGAUGAAGUUAUUGCUGUUCAAAGCGAUGCACCCCGUUAUGGGGUUGUUUUGAGUUGAAUACCUUGACAAUGAAAGUAGAUAUCGGACGGGUCUAAGUAUAAUUACAAUAAUACCCAAAAGAUUGAUAAUCCCUGGAAAGACUGCCUUCUUUUCUUCAUAGGACGGCAUAUAAACUAUCCGAUACAUUUUUGUACCGAAAAUAACCAGUCUAAAAAAUACGCCCGGUGUUCUUAAGAAUUGCAUUUCCUGACGCAAGGUUUUUUACGGGAAUAACAUUAUUAAAUUUGUAUUUGCGUUUUUGUACCCUUUAUUCUGAAUUUAAUAACGUUUUUAUUAACCAGGUUUUCCGAAGGAAAAACUGGUUAUUAGAUUGGCGAAUGUCGGCGGGCCGGUGGAACAAGCUUGUCCGCGCCAUAACUUUGUCGUUCAUUGUGAGGUUUGAAAUCAUUUGGCACAUUUGUUCACCAUCAUUAGAUGAUGUGUAGCGCGAAACAAUUACGUUGAUAUCUCCAAGGUCAAGGUCACACUGAGUUCAAAGGUCAAAAAUGGCCAUAAAUGAGCUUGUCCGGGCCAUAACUAUGUCAUUCAUUGUGAGAUUUUAAAAUCAUUUGGCGCACUUGUUCACCAUCAUUGGAUGGUGUGUCACAUGAAAGAAUUACGUCAAUAUCUCCAAGGUCAAGGUCGCCACGACUUAAAAUAGAUUUUUUUGAAACAAAGGGGGUUUAUUAUAAACAAUCCGUUCAGUUUUAGUUGUCUCCCUUUAUCAGACUUUUUUUUCCAAUUGAAAACCUGGUUUUGUGACAAUUGUGUCCCUUGUUGGCUAUUUUAAUUGCGUAUUAACGCAAAUAUGCUUGUUAAUUAUAGCCCUGCCUGCAUGAUUUGUACAUCUACACUGUUUCCUGAUAAUAAAAUGUCACACAAAGCUAAGUCAUACCGAAAAAAUAGCUUAUGAAAAAAAACAUUUCAUCCUGCAAAAUAAAUAGAUUUUCUUUUUAAAUAAACUGCAUUAGAUAGAAUUAAUAAAAAGCAAACAAACAGUCACACACAGGCAUCGGCGACCACAUCAUCAAAUGACAGUGGUUUGAGCCCAGUUACUUUUUAGCUCACCUGUCACAAAGUGACAUAGUGAGCUUAUAUGACAGUGUGAUUUCGGGCGUCCGUUGUGCGUGCGUGUGUGUCCGUGAACAUUUUUUUUGUGUAGACAGUAGAGGUCACAGUUUUCAUCCAAUCUUUAUGAAAUUUGGUCAGAAUGUUUAUCUUGAUGAAAUCUGGGUUGGGAUUGUAUUUGUGUCAUCUGGGGUCAAAAUCUAGAUCACUAGGUCAAAUAAUAGAAAAACCUUGUGUAGACAAUAGAGGUCACAGUUUUCAUCCAAUCUUUUUGAAAUUUGGUCAGAAUGUUUAUCUUGAUGAAAUCUGGGUUGGGAUUGUAUUUAGGUCAUCUGGGGUCAAAAUCUAGGUCACUAGGUCAAAUAAAAGAAAAACCUUGUGUAAACAAUAGAGGUCACAGUUUUCAUCAGAUGUUUAUGAAAUUUGGUCAGAAUGUUUAUCUUAAUAAUAUCUGAUUUUGGAUCGUAUAUGGGUCAUCUGGGGUCCAAAAUUAGGUCAUCGGGCCAUUUCUAGUAAAACCUUGUGUAGAUGAAAGAGGUCUCAGUUUUCAUCAUGUCUUAAUGAAAUUUUGUCAGAAUGUAUUAAUUAAUGAAAUCUGGCUUGGGAUAUGGGUCUGAUAGAAUUUAAGUUGAUGUAGCAAGGUUAGUCAGGUGAGCGAUUCAGGGCCUUCAUGGCCCUCUUGUUGUUUUUUAGCAACAAAUGGGGCUUAACUUGCAUUUUAUAAUCUGUAUCAUCCAACUUCAAAAAGUAUUAUAUAUUAAUCUGAAAUAACCAUGUUAGGAUCUUCAUAUUUUUGCUUGUCUUAAAACUAAAACUGCAUAUUUUUUAGCAAUGUUGUGAGAAAACUGGUGCAUAAAGUGUUGUCUCUGAUUAGCCUGUGCAGUGUACACAAGAUUAGCCUGUGCAGUGUACACAGGAUAAUCAGGGACGACUAGCCUGUGCAGUCUACACAGGAUAAUCAGGGACGACUAGCCUGUGCAGUCUACACAGGAUAAUCAGGGACGACUAGCCUGUGCAGUCUACACAGGAUAAUCAGGGACGACUGGCCUGUGCAGUCUACACAGGAUAAUCCGGGACGACUAGCCUGUGCAGUAUACACAGGAUAACCAGGGACGACUAGCCUGUGCAGUCUACACAGGAUAAUCAGGGACGACACUUUCUGCCUUCAUUGGAUUUUUUUUAUUUUGAAGAGACUUCCUUUUAAACAAAAGAUUCCUUCAAAGCAGAAAGUUUCGUUCCUAAUUGCGCAUGCUAAUCUGGAAUGACAGCACGAACAUGCAUUAAGCCCAGUUUUCACAGAACCUGGCUCAUAUUAUUUUAAGACUUUGUUAAGUGUACUUGCUAUUAAUGUCAGCCCCAUGUAUUACAUUGUAAGAGCAGAUUUGUCCUUUUACCUUUUGUGAAAUCAGCCCCACCCACCCCCCACCCCCCCGAAGUUGUUUUUUGAAAAAAAAACAUCAAGGUGUGUGAAUAUUUAAUUUGCAAAAUUGUGAUAUACUUUAGGAGUUUUGAAUAAUUUCACUGAACAUACAUGUAUAUAUUAUUUGAAGGCUUUUGAUAGUGUACAUGUACUAGUUAAUGUCAGCCACAUGUAUUUCGAGCAGAUUGCUCCCUUGACCUUUUGUGGGAUCAACCCUAUGACGUUGUUUGCUUCAAGAAAAAACAGGGAGGGUGAAUCUAAGUUGUCAAAACUGUGACGUAGUUCAGGAGUUCUCGAUAAUUUUACUGUACAUGUAUGUAAAGAUUGGGAUAGAAAGAGAAUCCUAGGUUAUUUGCCUAUGAAUCAGUGAUAUAAGAGGGGAGGUUGGGUAAUAAGGACUUGAGGACAUGCUAAUUUCUGCUUACGUUUGUACGCUUACGUCUGUGUACAGACGUAAGCAGAAAUUAGCAUGUCCUUGAGAUUGGGAUAGAAAGAGAAUCCGAGGUUAUUUGCCUAUGAAUCAGUGAUAUAAGAGGUGAGGUUAGGUAAUAAGAACUCAGGGACAUGCUAAUUUCUGCUAACGUCUGUACACAGCAUGGGAUGGUCAGUACUGUUUGUCAUAACCCUUUCCCACUUUGAUACGCAUGUGAUGCAUUUGUAGUACCUUAUUAAUUUAAUUUAAAUAAAGAUCUUUCUUACUAGAUUCAAGUUUUAACCCUUUACCACUUAGAUACGUUUUUCAAAAGACAAAUAGAAAGUAGAAAGUAACAUUAAAUUAAAUACCUUUCUUUCUAAAUUCAAUUUUUAAAGGCUUUGAUUCUAACCCUUCGUUACUGAUGAGCACAAACAGCAUUAAACCUGAACAGACUGCGAGUUACUUGCAGGCUUUUCUUGUUUUAUGCUGGUUGCAAAAGCUAUUUUCACUUUGCUUCUUAUGGGGGGAAUUAAGGGUUAAAGGUUCCAUUUUCAACCCUUCGAUACUGAUGAUCAGCAAACGGCAUAAAACCUGAACAUACUGCAAGUUACUCGCAGGCUGUUCUGGUUUUAGGAUGGUUGCAAAAGCCAUUUUCACUUUGCUUCUUAUGGGGGAAUUAAGGGUUAAAGGUUCCAUUUCCAACCCUUAGAUACUGAUGAUCAGCAAACAGCAUAAAACCUGAACAGACUGCAAGUUGCUCGCAGGCUGUACUGGUUUUAGGAUGGUUGCAAAAGCCAUUUUCUCUUUGCUUCUUAUGGGGGAAUUAAGGGUUAAAGGUUCCAUUUCCGACCCUUAGAUACUGAUGAUCAGCAAACAGCAUAAAACCUGAACGUACUGCAAGUUACUCGCAGGCUGUUCUGGUUUUAGGAUGGUUGCAAAAGCCAUUUUCACUUUGUUUCUUAUAGGGGAAAGGGUUAAUGUCUCACUUGGCCUAUUAGAAGUCCCAAUUCAAAUGCUAGUAUGAUAUUGUGCUCUUAACUGAAAAAGAGCAUUGAUCUACUCACAGUAUGUUAUAACAACGACACUUUAUUUGAAUGAGAAUAAUGUUAGAAAUUAUUGACGAACAAAAACAUAAACAAUCGCAACACUAUUUAAAAAAGUAAUUGGAACAAAAAUGUAUAAUGCAAUUGUAUCAACUCAAUAUUUGAAAUAGAUAUUGCUAAUUGGAGAUAUCUAAAUGUUUCUAUUUCUUUUUCAUUAUUCAAUAUAUUUUCAAAAACUUUCGUUUUCACAUUACAACCAAUCUAACUUUAAGAAAUUUUACCAAUUUCUGAUCUUGUACUACACCUUUCAUUUUACUCUGAAUAUUUGUUACAGGAAAUAGGCCAGUCAUAUUUUCUUUUGAUUUUGCAGCUUGAUUGUUUUGUUAAAUUCGUUAAAAACAUAUACUGCUUUAAGUAGUGCAAUAUAGUUAUGUAAACAAGCUAAUAAUGUGUACCAUAUUUUUUUUAUUUGCAGCAUUUGUAUACAGCCAAAAUGUGUACAUGUUUAUUUUAUUUUUCUCUGUGUUAAGUCCAACUUACUAAUUUCCUGUGUAUAAAGCCACAAAUUAUUCUGUAUGACAAUAGUCAAGUAAAUUUAUCAAAAUAAAUUCAAUCAUUUUAGUGACCUAUGAAUUAAGACUUUGAAAGAGAGAAUAAAACAGUCAAUUCCGAGUGUAAAAAUGCGUUUGAAAACCCUUAAAGAAAAAGGCGAAUCAAAAUGAGAAAUUUUGAUAAUUAUGUACCUAUAAAUACAGGUUUGUUAUUUCCAGAAUAACAUUUUUACUUUUUCAAUAUAAUACAGGAUAAUCAGGUAAUGGAUAGCAUCAGAUAUGUAUGAACAACAUCAUGUGAAAAAAUGGUCUUAUGCCAUAUGUGGUCUGUGAAGCUUCAAACCAGUCUGCCCAGUCUUGUAAGGGGGCUACACUGUACCCUGUAAAGUCAUUCAAGGUUUUGUGGCUUUCAGCGUACAGGGUAGUUCCUGGCCUGACUGGGCGGUGUUGAGGUAUGCUCGCAGCAUAUGGAAUUUGACCCAUUUUUAGCUCUGCGUUUUCGGAGAAAACCCGAGGUAUUGUCAUAGCCUGCUCGUCGUGUCCUACGCCGUCAGCAUUGUGCUAAAACCUUAACAUUUUGUUAAGGUUUUUAACAUUUGCUUUAAAAUCAAAUUGCUUCCAUCUGCAACUUUGAAACUUCAUAUGUAGAUGCACCUUGAUGAGUUCUACACGCCACACCCAUUUUACAGUCACUAGGUCAAAGCUCAAGGUCACUGUGACCUUUAAAAAAAAUAAUCUGACAAGCUUUCAUUUAUUCAAAACUGCACCCGUAGCCGAGCGUGGCACCUGUUAUGCGGUGCUCUUGUUACAUUACGCAGCUCAUUUGUGUCCAGUGAUUUAUUAUCUUUUCCUAUGUAAACAGCAUUGAAACUUUGUUGCUGGGAGCUGAUGAUUGUAAUAGGGAAACUUUUAAAAAUUUGGACUUCAUAUUUAAGGUGUUUAUACACAGGUGCUGCUUCUGUUUGAGAAAUUGCUGUACACAUGCUUACAUGCCAUAACAGUUUGUUUUCGCUAUUCGACAAAUAAAUACUAAUAAGAAA